AUGUCCACAACGAUUAGCAAGCGCAAGCGUGCAAGGAAGGCAUGCAUACCCUGCCACCAGCGCAAGCGGAAAUGCGACGGGGAGUAUCCCUGCGGCACGUGCACCACCUAUGAUUAUAACUGCAGGUACGCCGACGACGACACCGCCGGCUCUGUGAAUGAAACCGGGCACGCUCUACCACAGGCCAAGCGUAUAAUUUAUGACCGCGGGAGUAGUAUGGAGUGCGGGGUUACCACCAACUCGCGCAGCCCAGACAGCCAAUCUCAUACAGCGAGAGCUUCCUAUGGAGCUAACAGCCCAUCGACAAAGAGUCCUACCGCUGGGGCCGGUAUCUUCGACGAGCAAAAGUCCAGAUACACCGGAGCAUCAGCAGCUAUGGCCUUCCCGCAUGUCUUAGGAGUGGCUCUUGGCUCUGACAGCCCCCCCAAGAUCAACUCGUUCGCUUAUAACUUUGGGAUCCGCCUUGAAGAGGCUUCCAACGCUUAUGGCUUCCUCGGGAAAAUUAUCUCGGAGGAAAAUCUCGCCUUCUUCUCAAAUGUGUACUUCUCCGCAAUAGGCCCGAUCGGCGACUACAUGGACCCGAGAAUCUACGCUCAGCGAUGUCGGAGUUAUUAUCAAGGCGCCGGCAGCACCGCGGUUGCUUUUGGCGCCGUAGCCGCCGGCGUCGCUGCUUUUGGAUCGUUCCUAUCCCCAACUAGAUACCCGCGGGAGUCUGAUCUUCUACAGUACGCUAAAGCUAUUCUUGAUGAUCCGGCCUCCAUGCGGAUGCUGAGCAUUGACCAUAUCAUCGCUUGGGGCAUGCGAUUAUUUUAUCUCCGGGCCACAACCCGGCCCAGUAGUGCAUGGGUCGCGUCGUGCACUCUCAUGCAUCUUUGUGAAGUGGUCGGGUUGCACGAGGAAGAGAACAUCAAACGAAUGGCGUCCAUCGCCGGCGCCGCUGUUCUUGGACAUGAUGCAGACCGACUGAGGCGCAUUUUCUGGAUUUCGUGGGCCGGCCAUCACAUGCUGUCGUAUGAAUAUGAUCGUUCAGCUGUAACAUUCCCGGCUGUGACUUGUCAGGCUAUCAUUCCGAUCCCAGGAUCCGUUGCCGACCAGUUCGUGCAGAUAGUCCAGAUCAUCCCGUCGCCCAACUCGCCGUUCCAGCUCGCAUGUCAGCCUCCAACUCUGAGGGAGGAGCUAUUCGAGCGUCUCAAGGCAUUGAGUAAACUCCAUUUCGCCCAUCCGUUCCUGGUGGCCACUAAGGCAGACCUGGCGUUUUGUUUCUAUAGACGCAUUUAUCAGCUCAAGACAGGUAUCACCGAUGAGAUGAUUCAACUCGUCGUUGAUAGCGGUAACAAUGCAGUGGAGGCAGCUAAGCAGCUAGCCGACCAGGGCCGUCUCUUGUGGAACGUCAUAGGCAGCGUCUUCCAGUAUACCUGCGUCUUGUUGGCCAUCGACACGCCGGCCUCCUCCGCUCACAUCCCUGCUGCUUUCAAGGGAUUGGAACAUCUUGUCGGCGCUGUGGACACAAGACUGACCCGUCAGGCAUUGUCGAUAGCGCGGCAUCUUCUCAGCCUCAAUAUAGCAAAGAAACGAAAGGAGCUCAUCCAACUGGAAGCUGUCGAGGCGGGCUAUGAGCCUUUGCAGGCGCAGCCGGAACCCGAGGCCAACCCCGCCUUGCCGGACAUUGGCUGGGGUGUGGACUGGGAUCAGUUUUUCGUCGAGCCAUAUCAGUCAAUUUUCGGUCCCGAAAUCCAGCUGUAG